AAAGAUAACAGAAAACUGGACUACGUUAAAAGACCAAAGAUAUGUCCAAAAAGUCGUACGUAGCCAAUAGGAAAGUCAGCUAACAAUUGCACGAAUAAUACGAGUAUAGUACUUCAACUGGACUAUUACAAGUCAAUAAAUUGCUUAGUGGAUCCAAUUUAAAUGCCCAAUUGUUCUUAUAUGGCUAAAAGCUAGGCCCAUAUCUACAUAAGUUUAUUUAUAUGAAUUUAUGUAAGCGAUAAAAAAGGGUUAACAAACGGAACCCUUUAUUAGUUCGGUCUCUCUAUCUCUUUCGAUAGAUACCUCCAGUCUCCAGAGCAAGAGUUCAGUGUACGUAGCUUCGUUUGUAACGUAAGUUCUCUUCCUUUUCAAUCUCAAAGUAGAGAUUCUAAUAAUGAGAUUUAUAUGAAAGAUAGUUAGCCUUCUUCAUCGCCGGUUAUUUAGGGUUUUCCUUCGUUGUAACGUUUCAUUUUUCUAUAGUUAAUCAGGCAAACAAAUUUUUGUAGAUAUGUCGCUUGGUUACGGUUUUACCGGAUUCUAAACGUUAUAUAAUCUUUAUUGUUCCUCUCAAGAAUAUGAAGUAUUUGGGAUUGGAUUGAUGGCUUAUUGUGUUACAUAUAUAUAUGCUAGUUCUUUUAAGGUUUCCGUGAGAGGCUGAAAAAGUGUUUAGGUAUAUUUACUUUGGUUUGUUGGAUCUUUUUUAUUUUUGCAGAAUGAUAAGUGCAUUGUCAUGGGUACCAAAAGGGGCUGCAAAGGCCAUACCCGAUCGUGCUAAACUUCCUUCUAAGGAGGAAAUCGAAAAGCUCGAAGAGAGUUGUGAAUUUUACAGCGAGGAUGAAGAAGAAGAAACCGAUGAUGAAGAAGAGAAUGGUGAUGUUGCUCAUGCAAAAGCAAUAGCGAAAGAAUUUGGAAAAUCUUCCAAAAGCAAGAAUGCUUCUUCUUCUUCUUCUUCAAUGGAGGUUGAUGAGGUAGCUGAUGGUUUGAAAGAACUUGACAUGGAUAAUUACGAUGAAGAGGAUGAUGGAAUUGAAAUUUUUAGCUCCGGGCUUGGGGAUCUUUAUUACGCCAGUAAUGAGAUGGAUCCAUAUCUCAAGAACUACCAGGAUGAUGGUGAUGACUCGGAUGAUGAUUCAACAAUUUUACCAACCGAUUCAAUGAUUAUUUGUGCUAGGACCGACGAUAAAAUCAAAUCUCCUAUCAACUGUCUUGAUAUUUAUGUAUGCGAGGAGACAUCUAAUGGCUCUCCAAACAUCUAUAGUCAUCAGGAAAUAUUGCUACCAAAACCUCCAAUGUGUACUGCUUGGCUUGAUUGUCCACUUAAAGGAGGAGAAAAAGGGAAUUUUGUAGCGGUUGGUUUGUUUAAAACGCACGCAAUAGAGAUAUGGGAUCUUGACAUUAUGCGCGAGUUGUUACCCUGCGUACAACUAGGAGGAAAAAAGAAAGGGAAAUACAGAGAAGGUAGCCAUACUAAGUCAGUUAUUGGUCUUGCUUGGAACAAGGAGUUUCGGAAUAUACUUGCUAGUGGCAGUGUCGACAAACAAGUUAAAGUUUGGGAUGUUGCUACUGAAACAUGCCAGAUUACUCUGGAGCAUCACACAAAGGGGGUUCAAGCGGUUGCUUGGAACCAUUAUGCUCCGGAAGUACUUCUUAGUGGGUCAUUUGAUCGCACUGUUGUAUUGAAAGAUGUAAGAAAGCCUUCACACUCGGGUUUCAAAUGGUCAGUCAUUUCCAAAGUUGAAAGCUUAGCCUGGGAUCCACAUAGCGAAUACUCCUUUUUGGUUAGUCUCAAAGAUGGAACUGUCAAGGGUUUUGAUGUUCGUCAAGCCUCAACUUCAACCUCUGAUUCAAAUCCAAGUUUCACUCUCCAACAUGGACGUAAAGCAGUCACUUCCAUCUCAUACAACGUUUCUGCACCUAAUCUUUUGGCAACUGGAUCUACGGAUCAAUCGGUAAAGCUUUGGGAUCUUUCAAACAAUGAGCCUUCAUGCAUUGCUACACACCGACCAAAUGCUGGACGCUUAUUUUCCAUUGCCUUCUCUACGGACAAUCCUUUCUUACUCGCUAUGGGUGGCCUUAUGGGCAAGUUAAAAGUUUGGGAUAUACUUUCGGACACUAAUGUCUCCAGCAGAUACGGAAGCAGACAAGUCCGACCAUGAAAGUCCAAGCUAAGCUUUGAUGAUUGGUCAUCACAUUCGAACACACUUAACCACAAUUUUGUC